UCCCGACACCACCGUUUCCGAGAGCGGCCACGCAAAAUACUGACAUCUACUAGUCAUAAUUCCAGUAGCCGUGCGCUUAUUGUGAUACUGUUGGCCGUUAGCACACUACGCUUGCCUAGUAUUCAGUGUCCCAUGUUUUGCUGUUUAAUAUUAUGCUAACGUUUAAUUAUAUAUUAUUUUUUGGAGAUUAGUCGCAUGACGUUUGCUAUACACUGCCCUCACGCAACGGCUGUAGGUGCCUGUAAGGUGUUUUUUUUAAAUAAACGAACACAUAAAGUUAUGUGAAAUUAUUUAUGAACCACUAAUACGCAGAUGCUGCGAGCUCCACUGUUCCUGGUGGUGCUGUCCGUGGCCCUGAUAGCCGCCGGCGGCAUGCCUUCCCCCUUCAGCUACAUCACGUCGGGCUUCCGAAGCCUGGCCGAAUACAAGCUGGCCACCACAGCCAAGCUCGCGUCGUACCUCACGGGAGACCGAGCCGUCAAGGCCACCGUUGACCUGAAGGUUGCCGACGAUCCAGACGCAGGUGCAGCGCAAGCCGUGGCCGAGGGAGCAGCCAACGACGUGCCCGUGCCAGAGCUGCAGCAAGCGCCGCCAGCCAAGCCGCAGGAACUGUCCGUCGCGCCCGCGUCGGACGAAGAAGCGCACGACUUCAAGAAGCACUUCGCCGCCGGCUACGCGGCCCUGGACUUCGCCAACCAGCUCGAGAAGAGGCGCCUAGCCACUGCCGCCUCGACAAAAACGCAAAACUUCGACGCCCCGGUUCUGCCCCUGCCUCUGGAGCACUACAAGGACUACGUCACGGGUGGCGAGACCGGCGGAUCGCUGAUGCGAGUCGCCGUCGUAGCCCAGGACGUCCCCAAGCCUUUCUACUCGUCACAGCCCAGCCACGACUCCUCCCAGGCGUGGAACCAGCAGGGUGCGCCGCCCGCCCUUCCAGAACAGCCGGUGGGUCAACAGCAGCAGCUGCAACAGCCGCCGACCCAGGGAUCCAGCGCUGGACCGGCACCCGCGUUCUCCGGGGACCACCAAAGCCACAUCUUCCCCUACAGCGGAUGGCAGUCGGCGCAGCCCUACGGCUUCGGCGUGUUCCAGCCGUCUUCGUACGACGUUCCCGCCACCGCUUCCGACGGGCUUCCCGAGCCCUCGACUGGCGACGCCUCCCCGACACCACCGCCGGCGGUCGAACACCACGGCGAGGACGUCGUCAUUCCCGGUAGCCAGUUCCCGCAGCUGUCCGAGGGCACGCCCGACGCCGAGUCCGCUCCGGACGCCGCCGAGGCUACGCCGUCCACUCAUUCGCUGGAGAGCAAUGUCCAGGAGGAACAGCAGGGCCCCAGGUACCGUCGUGACGUCGACGCGGAGGGAGCCGACACGACGAGCUUUCCGGUACCCGGAACGAACCUCACCAUCUACGGCCAGGACAUCGAGACCUACUUCGGCUACGUCAAGGCCCACGACACUACGCAGUGCUUGGCCAAGAUCUUCUGCACGAUGGCCGCGCAUCCGAACGUGUUCGGCACAAACGGCACCGACAUGACCGAUUUCUUCAGGUCCUACAGGCCGCUGCCCAGCCACACGGCGGUCACCUUCUACAAGGCAGCGUCCGCUGCGGGAGCCGCGAACGCCGACUGCGACGCCCUCUUCAGCAAGUGCGCCAUGAGCGUGGAGGAGAUGAGGGCAGCCUUCAACCACGACGUGCCUCAAUAAGCACGCGCUUGAUUUAGUCACUUGUACAGUAUAUCCCCUCCUCAUUCUAAUAGUCAUUGCAGAUUAUUUAAAUAGUUAUAUGACCAAUUGUUGUGUAUAAGAGCCAUCUCUUUGUGUAUCCUUAUGAUUGUGAAUAAAAUAGAUGGAGAGCUGCAUCACCUUCACCCUCAUUACUUUUCGUUCAGAGC